AUGCCGUUAGGAUUUACUAGGAUUAAUAACAAACGUUCUGUCCCAAAUAAGAACAUCGUCUUCAUCAAACCUCUACCCGGACCCACAGAGAGCACUGCAAAGGAUUUCCUUGAGCGUAUCGCUGCGCAAUGUCUGCCUAUCACGAAUAAACACUGCCUCUCAGUCGCAUCACUGGACGAAUAUGAACCAAAUCGGGAAUUCUGGGGAAGGAACUUCAACAAUGGCGAAGUUAUACAACUUGUUCUGCGAUCGCCCUCUACUGGCCGCUGGCUUCCGUUUAAAUUUGUGCAGAUGGUUAUGAUGCAUGAGCUCGCACACUGCAAGCAAAUGAACCACUCCGGAGCAUUCUGGAAAGUCCGAAACGAGUAUUCAAACCAUAUGAGAGAGCUAUGGUCGAAAGGAUAUACAGGGGAAGGCCUUUGGGGCCGCGGCGUACUUCUCGAAAAUGGAGCUUUUGCUCGGGAAGACCUUGGUGAGGGGGAAGUCCUCCCAGAACAUAUGUGUGGAGGUACCUUCAGAUCAAGAGGUGGUAGGAAACGAAAAGCCAAACCGAAAAUUACGUACAAGGAGCGACAGGAACGCAGAAUCAAAAGGAAGUUUGGCACGAACGGUAUCACGCUAGGCGCGGAUGAAGAAACGAAAGUCAAACUUGAGGGCAAGAAGCCGGCGGGUAAACCACGAGUUGCUGGUAGUGCUAGGGGCAGAGAAUUGCGUGCUGCUGCUGCAUUGGCCAGAUUCGAGGUUAAGCCCAAGGAGGAAGAAUUAGUGACGGAUAGCGAGACAGAAGGCGAUAUGGAGGACGAUGUGCUUAUCAAGGCUGAACCAGACGAUGCUGUGGAUAUCGACGGGAAGCGCCUUUUGGGUUGGGUUAAGGUUUGCGAAGAUGAGAACGAGGAAGACAAUAAUGUGAAGAACGAAAUGAGAGAGCUCGAGGACAUAAAGGACCAUCCAUCGAGCUCCUCGUCUUCUAAAACUAGUCUCCAGCCCCAGGCUCAUUCCACAUUAUCAGUCUCUCAGGCAUCGAAACGAACAAAUUCCUUAACCACCCACCCCAAUUCCAACACAGCAAACUCGACUACAAGCCGUGUUCCUAAGCGCAAUUCGACCUUAACAACAAGAGAAGAUAUCUCGGAGCCACCCAGUAUACCUCGAUUUGAUCCCAAGAACCCCCAGAUACUAUGUCCCAUAUGCUCCGUGUCGAAUGAGCCUACAACUCUAACAUGCACAGUCUGCUCUCACGUCCUCAAGCCAGACUUCAUCCCGGAUUCGUGGCGGUGCCGCGGUUCCACUUGCAAGGAUAGCGCAUACAUUAACGCUGGUGAUGUUGGUAUAUGUGGCGUUUGCGGUACCAGGAAGUUCUCCGAUUAA